AUUGUUAGGUCCUGAUAGUAAUAGGGGAAUAGAUAUCUUUGGAAACUUUGAAGGAUAUUUGAUUUUAGUUCAAUAUAAGAAUUAUACAGAUGUAAAGGUUAGUGUUGAUGAUAUUAAAAAAUUCAAAGAAGUGAUGUUAAGAUAUCCCAAUCAUACAACAAUAGAAAUUUUUGUAAUAUUUAAUACAAAUAGAUAUAGCAGAAAUGCAAUUAAUAGAGCAGAAACAUCAGAACUUAAUAUCUUAUUAACAAAUGUUUCUAGCAUAAAACUAGACAUUAUUAAUUAUGUUAUUGAAAAUUAG